GCUUUGCCCUGCAGUAACCUCCUCCAUCUCUGCGCAUCAGGUUUGCAGCAUCCUGAUUUAGCAUGUCUCAUUUCUGCUCUGCUCAUCGAACUAACUUUUAACCACGCUGGGCAUUAAAACGCGGAUGAAGGAAGACACAGCUAUGCUUCGUGGUGUUGUGGAGCACCGACAGUGUUGCUGAGUGAGCAGAGACAUUUUUCAGCCCAUGAUGCAUUCAACCGCCGAGCUCAGGUAGCUGACAAUUACAGCAGCGACGGAACUACAUAUACCAGCUAAGCUAACAUGGUUCAUGUUUGACAAGAGGUGGCCAUGGAUGCCUUCAGCCAGCUGAUCUUGCUCAUCGCCACACUCAGUUUUUUCACCUUCCAGUGGCUCUUCCACAGCUUGAGUCCCUGGUUGUCUUGCAGGAUCAGCCCAGGCUUCCUGAAACUCAGCCACAAGCAGCAAAUUGAGUGGAACUCAAGGACAGUGUCCACAUUCCAUGCCAUAUUAGUCGGGCUCUUUUGCCUCUACAUCCUUUUCUUCGAUGAAGCCAUCAAUCAGGACCCUGUGUGGGGAGAUCCAACAUUGGUGAAGAUAAACGUGGGAAUAACAACAGGCUACCUCAUAUCUGAUCUGCUGCUCAUAUUUUACUAUUGGAGGGCGAUAGGGGACAAGUUUUUUGUAGUUCACCACCUGGCCGCAUUGUAUGCUUACUACUUUGUACUGGGUCAAGGAAUGUUGCCUUAUUUUGCUAACUUCCGUCUGCUUGCGGAGUUUUCCACCCCAUGUGUGAACCAGCGCUGGUUCUUUGAAGUGUUAGGUUACCCUAAAUCCUCCAGACUCAACAUUGCCAAUGGUGUGCUCAUGGCGGCUGUGUUUUUCAUGGUGCGCAUCGCAGUCAUGCCUGUUUACUACGGCCGUAUGUACUCUGUAUAUGGCACGGAGGCCUUCUAUUGGGUGUCGUUCGGUGGCCGCUGCGCCUGGAUCUUUUCCAGCUUCUGUUUGGACAUCAUGAACAUCAUGUGGAUGCAUAAGAUUGCUUGUGGCUGCUAUAAGGUUCUGCGCUCCAGCCAACAUGUAAAGUUCCAAACCCAAGAAAAUGGAAAAAUAAACUAAUCAUGGAGGAAUGUUCAUUCUGUAGUGGGGGAAUUUGAGGAAGACACCCAGUGCACUCUGUUGUUUUAGAAGUGACAGACUGUGAGACAGCCAGCAGCAGCUGUGCAGUUAGACUGAUUUACUUGGUUCGAAGCUGGUCAUGGGAGAAACCACCCCAGAGCAAUACAGUACGUGAUUAACGUUUUCCGUGAUGCUUGUGCUGCAAGCAGACCACUCGUGAUGGAUUAAGAUGGCAGCUGAUGUCUCCUCAUUCCAUCUACUUCAGUGGUUUAGGCCCAACGUACGAAAAAUGGUCAGCUCCAAAAGCACUGGAAUUUUUAUUUUCAUUAUGUUUGAGCUGUUUAUAUUUUUAUUGCCUGAAAGUGAGGCUUUUAUUUUAAAAUGAUAAACUGAACAAAGACUUAUUAGGACAGAAUGUGUCACAUCCUUCUAAUUUAUUCAUCAAAGUCACUGCCAUCUAUAAACUCGAACGGCCACCGUGUUUACUCUGAAGUUACACUUCAUGCACUAACUGUGAAGGAUCUUACGCUCUCACCUUCACUACCUUACACCAGGACUCACCCCACGAUCACAGACCACAUCUGAACAAGACGACAUCUUUACGCCAAGGAUGCUGGGAAGGUGCACGGAAUUUUUAAAUUUACAUAAAGAUUUUAUACCGAUAUUGCUGGGAUUGAGAAGAGUAGUGCACUGUCUUUGUGUGAUGAGGGACACACUUCUGUCUUUUGCUUUUUGGAUAAUUAUGCUGGAAUGGACAUCUUCACCUAGAUUUGGUUUAGAGUUAUGAUGUUAUAAUGAACAUAAUUGAACAGUUUCUCACUCGGUUUCUCUGCAAGACAGUUUUGAUUUUGAAACUGGGAUUUUCUGGGAAACGGUUUACACAAUCACUUGAAAUUCUCCACAGUACGACUUCAUAUGUACGAGGGAUAAGCGCAUGCUACAGCAUGGUUCUCUGUUUUGCAUUGUUGAUAGGAAUAUUAAUGGACAUGCACAAGUACUCAUUUUAGUUUCAUGUACAGUGACAAUGGAAUAUAAUAUUUUGUAAAAGGCUUUGGUCAUGAACAUUACCUUAUGGCUUAUGUUCCUUAUGUGCUCUCACUAAAGCAAUGGUAAUUGGAUGUUCACCAUCUUUUUUUUUCUGCAUAAUGCCUUAUUUAUUUGAACCAGAACUGAAUCAGCAUGUACAUGUAUAUUUAUUCUUUUAAAUGAAUUGUAUUAUGUAUGGAAAAAGGGUGUUUGUGAUGUAUCUUAAUAGAUAUAUACAGAAUAACAACGGCAACACAGACUUAUUAAAAUCAGCUUGAGAUGCAUCGUCACUUUAUGUGGAAUUUUAAUGUAGGAUAUUCAUACACAGUCUUGAAUCUGAUUGAACAUGUACUUACAAUGAUAAUAUUACUGGAUGCCACACAUUAUUUUAAUAUUAUAAAUUUUAAAAGUAUUUAUGUAAGUAUGUGCGUUAGAUGACAUGAGAUAUAGAGGAAUUAUUUGCUCUUUACAAUUAAAAGUUCUAUUUUUAUCAAAUAAAUUACUUGAAUCCUUGCUCUACCUUAUGAUGAAUAGUAGUCAGUGCAGAUUCUUUUCAUUACUGUACUUACAAGACAAGGCCAGUCAUAAUCUUUUGCAUUUGCUUGUUUUGCAGACAUUUUGUUCUAGAUGCCUUUUUUAUUUUUAAGAAAUGUUUUUUUUUGCCAUAUUCAGUACUUUUCUGAUGCCAUUCUAUGUUUUGGAUUGGAUUGAGCUUGCAUGUCUUUACUUCUCUUUUGGUCAUAUUCUUGCCUUAGGUCUCAUUUAUGAAAGAUGAAUUGAAAGUUUGUUAUUAUUUUAUUUCUGCUGUUUAGUGUAGAUUCAGUUACACCAGCAUAAGAUAUGUCUUAAUAUGGUUAUAAAACUUUGCCCAAAUACCAUGUUACAGAUUCCUUCUAACAUUUCACUUGUACCAAAUAAAAUAUAAAUGCGAAAUGUUUUCAUACUAGAUGUAAAUACAUUCCAUUUAUGUAACACAUUAAUGUAAUGCAUAAAUGCAUUUCUAUAAACCUUCAGUGUGAGAACUAAACCUCACAGUGAUGGCUGUAAACUCAGUGAAUGUCUUUACCCCACGCUGGUAAUGUUAAUUUCAUAUUCAUUAGAAAGAAUAUACCUUAGUGUAAACUCAUUUGGAUCUUUAGGUUAAUGUAAGUAAUUUGAUUCGAAAACCCUUAUGUUUGUCUAUACUGCUUUUGUAUCAAGCUACACAGAGCAAAUAGCCUCACUGUGUGCUGAUAUGUCCGGAUGCCUCUGGGUGAUUGAGUUGUAUGAAGCAGGACCAAGAAUGUUGCUUACAUGUCAUUGAUUUUUAUAUAUAGUCAUCUAUCUUCUUUUUUUCCCCUCUGACCUAAUGACCCAAUUUGCUCAAUAAAGCAAUAUGUUCAUUUGGAUUUUGUGUAAUGUAGCCUCCCAUGAUUAUCAUGAUGAUCAGUGUCAGCAGCACCUUCACUAAUUGUACUUUGUAUCAAAUACGUUAGUUCCAUUAAAGCAAUAAUUCAUGGAAAAUUCA